CUUAAGCAUACUUUGUGUUCCCAUGCAGUUCAGGAAGCUCCCUCUUUUUGCCCUGUUCUUUCUUUAGCUAUACCACCAGCCUCAUACCCAUAACAUAGAACCUUUUAUUCUGAGCAAAAACAGACCUAAUCCUUCUGUCACAUGAUGGCCAUUUAAAUAUUUCAUAAGAUCUUCAGGGUCCUCAGAAAUCACACUUUUUUUUUGGCAGAUAAAGACCCGAUGACCAGAAAGGGAAAGUCACAUAGGCAGAAACCGGUAAAGCCAGAAUCUGAACCUGGUCCUCCUGCUUCCAAAUUCACAACUUCCCCACUAAUGGAGCAAUAAUCAUGCGACAACCUCCAGGCUUCUCUCCUCCUUCUUCAUUUGUUUCUUCCAAGGAGAGUUUCUUCAGUACCACCAAGGAGAAAGCAGAGAAGAGCAGAACAGUGACUGAAAAAGAAAAGGACUUUGGACCUGCACAGAGACAGGAAGCAGUCAUUUGCUGCAACUAUAAAAACAUUCUAUUAAAUCUAUGCCGAUCCCUUCUGAGGCAGAGAUACACAAGGACUUGAAGACAAAUAGGACAGCAGGGGAGCAGAGAAAACAAGUAUCUUGGAUGCAAUGACCUCAGCAGCUCACUCCUGGCCUGACAGAGUUCAUGAAGACCCUCCCAAUCCAUACCUACCAAGUAAUUCUGGAAUCUCCAAAUUUUCAUAUCCUCUACUUCCAGUAAAUGUGGCAAACCAGCCCACGGUGGGUCAGUAUCUUCAUGUUAAUAGUCCUCAGAUCCAAAGUACUACACAGGUAAACUCAGCUACAACUGGAUCAAGUUUGCUCUUUAAAGUAGGGAAGCCAUUAGGGGCUAUUCAAAUCAUGAUUGGACUGUUCCACAUAGGCUUGGGGAUUAUUCUGGGUUUUCUUUCUGUAGAUUAUAGUAUCUCCAAUAAUCACUACAUCAGUUUGUCCUUUAUUGGUGGAUACCCUAUCUGGGGAGGUAUAUCGUACAUAUGUUCUGGAUCUCUCACAGUAUUAGCAGCAAGCAAUCCAACAUCUUAUUUGGUAAAAGGCACCCUAGGAAUGAACAUUGUCAGUGCCUUCUGUACAGUAGUUGGCAUCAUUCUGCUGCUGAUAGAUAUGUUUUUUAAUGAUGAAAUAAUAGAUCAAAACAACUGGGCAAAAAUUUCCGGCCAAGGGAUUUCUGCUAUGCUGGUAAUCUUCACCUUCUUAGAAUUAAGCAUCAACAGUAAGACUUCGAAUUUCAUACUUCAGCUGCUCCUGAACAAUAAUUCACCAAUUAUGACUAUUUCAAAUGAAUAUGCAGCUAAUUCCCAUACUCCCAAUGUAUCAACUGAGGCAACUAACUGGCAGAGUAGAUAGAGCACUGGAGCAGGAAUAUUUCAAUACAUACUCAGAUACUCACUAAGCGGAGCUUAGUCACUUGACCCUGCCUGCAUCAAUUUUCUCAUCUGUAAAAUGAGAAAAUGGCAAGCCACUCCAAUACUUUUGCCAAGAACAAUCGAAAUGAGAUUACAAAGAGUUGGGACACAACUGAAAAUAACGAUGUAUCAACAACCACCCAGCAGAUGGCAACUUAGUGAAUUAAUAUCAGUUGGAUAGUCAUUAAAAAAAGUUCAAAUUUGUGGAAAAACUUCCUCUUAGCAAAAUAAAUUAAUAAAUGAAAAUGAAACAA